AUGGCCUUGGCGAAAUUUUUUCAAAAAGAACUAGGACUUCAACCGAUUACCUUAAAAGAUCUUCGUGAAAACGUAAUUACAGAGAAGAACGUAUGUUUAUGUAACGAAUCUGAAUCUCUGGCAAUGAAUAUGAGGAAAUUAUUAAAGACGGGAACUUUACACAAUUCUGGUUGGAUUUUAGUUGAUGUGCCUAGAACGAAGCAAGAAGCUCGAGCUUUCCAACGGCUUGGCAUAAUACCCACACAUAUUUUUCAAAUCAUAAUGUCAAAUGAUUUAGGUGAAAAAAUUUCCGAAAAGACGAUUUCUAAUUACCAUUUUGUCAGUAAUGAUAUACACAAUAAUAUUAACAACGUGGAAAUGCAAAAGUAUAAAAAGAAUCUUCGUGGACUACGGGAAGCUUAUGCCAAUUGUUUAAUUGAGAUCGAAAUUGGUAUUAGAUCGAUCGAAGAAUUAGGAAGGGAUUGUAUAGCAUUAACGAAAAUAAAAAAACAUUCUGGAGCACCUUCUCUUUUUCGAAUUGUUCUAAUUGGUUCUCGAGGUUCAGGAUGUCGUACUUUAGCCAAGUAUCUUACGAAAAGAUUCGAUCUUAUACACGUGGACUUUAAUUACAUUAUGAAACAAGUACGUCUACAAGAAACACCUAUAAGUGAAGUAUUACGAUCAUUUGAACAUAGAUGGGGAGAAAAACCAAACCCUGAAAUAAGAAUACAAAUAAUUGAUAACUACAUAAAUAAACCUGAAUGUUUAAAUAGAGGAUGGGUUUUAACGAGUUAUCCAAUUACUGUGGAAGAUUUUAAACUCUUGGAUAUGAUCGAUACACCCCCAAAUAAGGUAAUUUUUGUCGAAGUUAAUGCAGACAUACGUAAAGAGAGACUUUUAAAUCGCCGAUACAAUGUUAUCACUGGAAGUAAACAUAAUAUUACUUCGAACGAUAACAGUAAAAAUUCUGACUUAGGCGUACACCCUGACGAUUAUAUUAAUGUCGUUACAAAAGAAAUAUCUCAAUACGAUGAUAACGUAUUAGAAAUGUUGAAAUAUGCCGGUGAAUCUGCUUUUAUAAUUGAUGGAAAUGCCGAUGAAAGAUCAGUUAGAGAAAGCGUAGAGGGUUGUUUGAUGCAAUCAAAGAUAUAUAGUGAACCUAGACAACCAAGGCAAACACCAGUGAUUGAUCCAUGUGACGUAGAAUAUAAUCCGGAAGAUGAAUUUGAUAUAAGUAUUUUUGAUACGAUAAUGCCACCUGAAUUUAAAUAUACUUUUAUAUAA